AUGAUCAAAAGUUUUGCCCAGGAUAUCGCCAAAAUUGAGGUCGGAAAGGACUGGCCGUAUAGCUUCGUCCGACGUAACAGCGAUGAGCUCGGUUGCACUUGGUUCGACGGUUUUGAUAUCGCAAGAAAGAGAGCAGACAAUGCUUCUAGAUACAGAGCCUACUAUGAGCUUAUUGGCGAGAAAAUCGAGAAAUACGACAUCCUGCCUUGCAACACGUAUAAUGUGGACGAAAAGGGCUUUCUCCUCGGCGUCAUCAAUCGUACCAAGAGAGAUGGCAACAGAUCAUGGAUCACGUUCCUGGCAUGUGUCUGUCAAGACCUGACCGCGCUACCCCCGUUUCUCAUCUACCAAGGCAAGCCAGGGCAAGUUCAGGACUCCUGGCUCACGGAGUUUGAUCCGGAGCACCAAGCGGCGUUUUUCACAACCUCAGAAACGGGUUGGACGAACCAUGAACUUGGAAAGGAAUGGCUCAUUGGUGUUUUCGACCGGUUCACGAAAGAAAAGGCGCGAAACGGCCGGGAUUACCGCCUCCUGAUUACCGACGGACACUCUAGUCAUGUCAAUAUGGACUUCCUGGAGUGGUGUGACCAGCAUCGGAUAAUCGUUGCCGUGUUUCCGCCGCAUUCCACGCACAGGCUGCAGCCCUUGAUGUGUCCCUUUGGCCCUCUUUCGACCGCAUACACCAACCAGCUCAUCCAGUGGACUGCAAAGACACAGGGACUCAUCGGGCUAUCGAAACGCGAGUUCUGGUCGUUAUUUUGGAACGCAUUCGGGUCAUCUUUCUCGGCGGAGAACAUCGCAAGUGGUUGGAAACGGACCGGACUCCUCCCAUUUGACCCUGAAGUCGUUUUGUCGCAGAUCGCGGAGAAAACAGAAGAUGAGUCUGAGUCUGGCGACAGCUCCGUUGACUCGCUCGCCCUGCAGCAGCCCACUGCUCGGGAUUUGCGCCGACUUGUCGACAAGAACGAAUUGCUUCGAUAUGAGAAUCAGGGACUUCGGGAGACUAUCUUUCACGAAAAGCAGCGCAGAAUGCGCGGUAAAGCUCUGAAGGAUUACCUUUUCGAUCGUGUAGAUCCUAACUCGGCGCAGGUAUUUAGCCCUGCAAAAGUGGCCCAAGCGCGCUUGAAGAAAGCAGCCAUGGAGACUCAGAAGCAAGAAGAGGCCUUGGAGAAAGAACGACAAAGACGUCAGGCAAAGGAAGCCAGACAACAAGAGCGGGAGAAAAACAGGCAGAUACGGAAAGAGCUCAAGCGAAAGAACCAGAAAAAAUGUCGGAAAUGGGAUCCGAUCUCUGUUGCUCCACAGACUCGCGAGAAGAGUCCGGGCGUUCGAGACGAGAUUGUCGUCGCCAUUUCGGCUCCACCAGAACCGACGACAGCUCCGGAACACUCAAAAUCGCCAAACAUUAAGUUGCGUAAAGAUCCAAAGCCGGCAUUGACCACUUCCUCACGUCCCAAAAAGCCAUCAUUGGCUGUCGAGCGCGACCAGGAGAUGGUAGUCGCAAUGCGGGGACUUGCGCGAUCGGGACGCCACAGGAAGCGGCCACGGUGGCUUGAUGACUGCGAAGUAGAUUGA